CCUACGCAGACGUGGCUAACGGCGGCCCUGAGGACGACGCCUCGGAGCUACUCAUGGACCAGGAUGAAGCUGAGGACGCGGCAGGCGGAAACUCGGAGGGCAGCCAACCUCAGAGGCAAGCCGAGACCACCGUGGUCGUCCCACCACCCGAGACGUCCACCACGGCCGAGCUCCCCGCAGAAAACACGGACACCCCGAAACCGGUGGGCGACGACGUCGCACGCGUUUCGGCCCUCCAGGGGGACGAGCGCGAGCACGACUACGCCUGCCGGGAGUCGACCCUGGCUGCCGUUGAAAGGGAGAACGACCAGAAGGACGGCGAGAUGGACGCCGUGAGCGGCUCUGCCAAGCGUUCCCUGGAACCGACACCAACCCAGGAGCCCGGUCAACCGCAGAACCUGCAGGAGAGGGUACUCCAGAGGUGGCAGACGGUGACUUCCAAGAGGGGCCGACGCCACGCCCCCCCUCAAGGACCACCGGAGGGCCACGUGCCGAAGGCUCCAUAGUGAAGGAACUGUACUGCGGCUGAAUAAUAUUGCUUAGGCGGCCUAGUACAAGUAAGAGUGUUGUAUUUUUUUUG